AUGAAGGCUCUCAUUAUCCUGGGGCUUCUCCUCCUUUCUGUCGCUGUCCAAGGCAAGGUCUUUGAGAGAUGUGAGCUUGCCAGAACUCUGAAGGAACUUGGACUGGAUGGCUAUAAGGGAAUCAGCCUGGCAAAAUGGUUGUGUUUGACCAGAUGGGAAAGCGAUUAUAACACAAAAGCUACAAACUACAAUCCUAGCAGUGAAAGCACUGACUAUGGGAUAUUUCAGAUCAACAGCAAAUGGUGGUGUGAUGAUGGCAAAACCCCCAACGCAGUUGAUGGCUGCCAUGUGGCCUGCAGCGCUUUGCUGAAAGAUGACAUCACUCAAGCUGUAGCAAGUGCAAAGAGGGAUGUCAGAGAUCCACAAGGUGUUAGAGCAUGGGUGGCGUGGAGAAACAAGUGUCAAAACCAAGAUUUCAGGAGUUAUGUUCAGGGUUGUGGAGUGUAA